AUGAUAUGGUAUCUGGGUGCGUGUAUACUCCUUUGUGCUGUGUCAUGUCAAAAUCUACGUGAUCCUCGAGUCAGUAUAGCUCAGGGAACUGUUAUAGGAUCCUAUAACACUUUUUAUGAGUUCUACGGCAUUCCUUAUGGUGACACGACGUCAGGAACCAAUCGAUUUAAGGCACCAAAACCUGCACCGCUAUUCGAUAGUCCAUUCAAAGCAAACCGAAAGGACAUAUCGUGUCUUCGGCCUAUGAGAAAUGGCUAUAAAGGAGUGGAGGAUUGUCUAUCGUUAAACAUCGUCACCCCUAAAUUGAACAGUACCUUGAGACUAAACGUCUUGGUGUGGAUAAAAGACAAAGAAUUUGAUCCUCACGAACCAGAACUGUCAUAUUACAAACACUUUGUAGAAAAGGAUGUUAUUGUAGUAACGCCAAAUUUCAGAGAAUCUCUUCUCGGUUUCUUGUGCUUAGGAACGUCAAGUGCUCCAGGAAACGCUGGUUUGAAAGAUAUAAUAGCUGCUUUAAAAUGGAUAAAACUAAACAUAGCUGCGUUCGGAGGUGACCCAGAAAACGUGACUGUAUUUGGCCAUGGAAGCGGUGCAGCGAUGGUGGAUCUCUUAACACUAUCAAACAUGUCCAAAGGACUAUUUCAGAAAGCGAUAUUUCAGAGUAAAAAUGACGUGGAAUCUUGGGCAGUAACGCGUGAUAACUCAAAAUAUGCGAUUGUGAUUGCUAAGGCUCUGGGUCACACAGUAGAAGACUUAGAAGCUUUAUCACAUAUAUUUACUCGUAUUAGCGCACCUGUACUGAUGGCUGUUGUUCAUGAACUUGAAUUAACUGAAAAUUCGUUGGCAUUCGCUCCGUGUAUGGAGAGAUAUCUGGAUUCUAGAGAUGUUGAACCUUUCAUUUUAAAAUCCCCAUUUGAAAAUGUUGGUGAGAAAAUAGAUAUUCCAUUUAUGACUGGAUUUAUAAACGGAGAUAGAAUUAAAAAUAAUACAAACGAAAAAAUCGUUACGAACAAUUGGAAUUGUACUACUACAUUAAUUGUCUACACUUUUAUCCUAAUAGCCUUGCUCUCGAUUGUUAGAAACUUGGAGAUAUCCGAAAUUAUGUUGUAA